AUGUAUGAUAACUCCCGUAACGAACGAAAAAUGCAACUUGGCGUCGAUACGGUCACCGUCGCUCUUGCUUGUGCCCGGCUGCUGAGCGGUUUGAGUGACAAACACAGGAAGGAUAUAGUCAGGCUGAUGUCCGACGAUGCUCAGGAUCUUGGACAGUGGUCGAUCCGGUACAACAAGUCCAAACGUAGAUACUCGUCGAAGCAUCAUUUCACUGUGGCUUAUGGGGGACAAGAAGAACAAACGAUUGACGACCAAAAACAAGAAGAUGUUCUCUUUCAGGUAUGGGCUAACCGGUCCGCGCUGUCUGACAAGAGAUAUCGUUGGAAGAGCCUCUACACUCUCGAAUUCAAGAUGACGCAGGAUGGGAAACAAACCGUCCUGCAGGUUACCGUACGGGACGAUACCAUGAUAGUUUUCGCGGGCGUAGCCUCAACGCUGUCCACCCAGACAAGCGAAAUCAGCUUUAUCAGUCCGCAACCUACCAGAUCUGCAACUCUACCCACCAUCAGCAAAGAAGCAUUUGAUGAGGAGCUGGAUAAAGCUGUCUACGAGCGAUUGGAAAGAAGGAGAGCAGAAAAGCCCCGCGACAAUGGUGAUUGGGGCCUGACUGACGACGAAGAGGAAUCGGAGUCUGAGGGAGAGAAACUAUUAUUGCUAUCGCGGUCUACCUGUUGA